CUACUUCCGCUUCCUCUAAAGUCAGCUGACUUAUCGGGUGACUGUUGAUAUCGACUUUACCGAGACCAGAAAAACUUAGAGCAACUUAUAAAAGUUCAAAUGACGGUCGUAUGAAGUUUAUUUUAUUUUGAAACUGUCCUUUGGCAUCUCUAGGUAAACGAAACCUGACAAGCAUUUAUUAUAGAAAUGGCUUCUUUGCUUUUCUGCGGUCCUAAACUGGCAGCAUGUGGACUGGUUCUGAGUAUGUGGGGUGUUAUUAUGCUGGCAAUGCUGGGGAUUUUUUUCACCACACAUUCAGCUGUGCUCAUAGAGGAUGUGCCUUUCACAGAUGAAGACAUAAGCAACGAUCAGACGGCACUGCAAAACAUCCAUAAACUGUACAACCAAGUUGGAUACAAUUGCUUCAUUGCAGCUGUAAUCUACGUUGGCAUAGGAUUUCUAUCAUUUUGUCAGGUUCGCCUGAACAAGCGCAAGGAAUAUCUGGUGCAUUAGUACCACCUAGUGAUUGGAGUUUAACUCUACCUCUAAAUUCCCUUGUGUUUGUAUGCAAUAACUCAGCAUUUGCCUUAAAAUGAUGCUUAAAUGAGUGUGGAUAUUUAAGAUGGACUAAGAUUAUGUAUUUUACUGUGCUUUUCUUUCUUGCCUUUCUAUCUUGAUGCCUUUCAUUAAAUACAAGAUGAGUGAGAUUGACCAUUAUGAUUAGUACCUCACUAUUUGCCUUUUAUAGUGCUAUUUUGAUCUGUGGACCUACCGAAUCCUUCAAAGAUAUUGGUUAUCCUCAAAUGCUGUUGAUAAAUGAUUUGAUUCUUAUUUAUACUUGCACACCUGCCAAAUAUCCAAUCUUAUUAAUUAACAUUGAAUGGAAAUUUACGUGGUCACAUUGGUUCUGUUUUCUCAAUAAAUGAUUCAAGAUUUUGAUUAUGCAGUUUGACACUGGAAAUUUACAAGUGUAGACCUUGUCUCGGAGUAUACAUGGUUCUGAAAUUACAAACCAUCUUUUAGAUGAGAACUUCAUCUCCAGUUUUACAUGUGUAAUUUUUCUAAAUGUUUGAUGCAGAAAUUAAAUGGUAAUAAAACAAUUCUAUAUGAAAUAA